AUGAUUAACCGAGAUGAUCAAGUGACCACCAAGCUUUUAAUGUUAAUUAUCGAUUUUGAAAGACACCUUGAGGUGUUCGCCUUCUGUGUAUUCAUUGCAGUUCUAAUCGAUAGAUUAAGUAUUAUUAAUACAUAUCUAGAGCAAUAUAUUUUUAAUAAAAAAAAUAAAACCUUUUUAAAUGUAAUAACUAGACCAAAAGAUAUGAUGAGCAUGCAAAAAAAUUACGUCUAUAUAAAUUAUACUCCACAGAAUAUUAAAAUAACAUUACUAGCAAAAGCCUAUGCUGUAAUUGGUGAAACCAAUGAACUAAUCAAUAAAGUUUUCCAAUUUCAUAUUUUCAAAAGUCUAACGUCAACGUUCAUCUAUAUUAUAAUUAUAAUAUGGACAUCGAUUUAUUAUUUGCGUAUAUCAAAUAAUACCGAAUUCCUUAUUCGCAUUAUUUUAUUUUGUAUUUUUGAAAUAAUGUCAAUCGGUAUAAUGUCUUAUGUCUGUGAAUCAAUACUUUUGAAACGCAACUCUAUUAAAAUUUUGGUAAAUGAACUCAUUAUGGAUUACGACCUAAAUUCACCAGCAUUGAGAAUUGAAGCUAAAGCUUUUACAGACGUGAUACAAGUCUGGCCAUUGCACAUAUUCGUAUACGAUAUGUUUUCUAUAGACAUAAAACUCAUUGUAAAGUUUAUAAGUGUUUCAACUACAUAUCUUAUAAUUAUAGUCCAACUGUCUCACUUUUUCUAA